AUGUACAAACAGUUCCAGAAAUGGGCUCACGAGUACGGACCAAUCUACAGCAUCAAACUAGGCGUACAGACGAUGAUAGUACUUUCGGAUGGAAAGGCGGUCAAAGAACUCAUUGACAAGAGGAGCGCGUCGACAAAUGAGCGUGGCCCACAUUAUAUUGCUCAUGACCUUCUCGGUAAUGGUCAACGCAUUUUGCAAAUGCGCUAUGGGCCUGAUUGGCGACUGUCACGCAAGCUGUACCAUCGACUGUUGACGGCGGCUGCUGCUAAAACUUAUCUUCCAUAUCUCGAGCUUGAAAGCAAGAAAAUGCUAUACGAUCUCAGUACGAACCCAGAUGGCUUCUUGUACCAUAUCAAGAGAUACACCAACUCAAUGGCUAUGAUGGUCACAUAUGGGAGACGUGUGCCCGAAUAUGAUAAUCCCACCAUGAGGGAAAUUCUCAAGUCGCUGGAGAAGACGUCGAGUAUCAUCCAAGUCACCUCGGCAGCCUUGGCUGAUGCAUAUCCCAUCUUGCAAUGGGUGCCAGCUUUCCUUUUCCCGGCCAAGAGGAAGGCGGUCGAGCACACCAAGACCGAAAUGUCCAUCUACUUGCGACUGUGGAAUCAGGUCAAAACUGCCAUGGCACAGGGCACGCAGAAACCCUGCUUUGCCGCCGAUCUAGUGACACUGCAGAAGAAGGAAGGUUUCACCGAUCUGAGAGCGGCAUACGUUUCGAGCGGCUCCAUGGAGGCGGGGACGGGUACCUCGUCCAAUAACCUCCUCGGCUUUAUUCAAGCGUUGAUCCUGUUCCCUGAGGCUUUGAAGGAGGCGCAGCGAGAACUUGACCGUGUUGUUGGUGAUGGUCGGCUGCCUGACUUGAGCGACCGCGAGAACCUCCCCUAUCUCCGAAGCUGUGUGAAAGAGUCUCUGAGGUGGAUGCCUCCUGUCAUUGUUGGAAUCCCCCAUUGCCUCUCCUGCGAUGAGACGUACAUGGGGUAUGUCUUGCCCAAGGGCGCCGAGCUGUUGAUCAAUGUUUGGACUCUCAACAACGACCCAGUGCGAUACAAAGACCCCCGAACAUUCAACCCUGCCCGGUUCCUGAAAGACGAACAGACUUCUUUUGAAGCGGCCACAAACCCGGAUCCCGACCUGCGAGAUCACUAUGCCUUUGGCGGCGGUCGUCGUCUCUGCCCGGGGACCCACCUGGCCGACGACAUCUUGUUUCUGGCCAUGUCGAAAUUGGUGUGGGCUUUCGAUUUCAAGCCUGCCAUCAUCAACGGCAAAGAAGUUCCACCAACUCCAGAGCGAUUCACCCAGACAGCUGUGGUCAUGCCCGAACCAUACCCAGCUACGAUCGUGCCGAGGUCCGCCAAACGGGCCGCCAUGAUCAAGAAGGAAUGGGAGCAAGCUCGAGACUCGCUCCUUGACGACGAGUUGCAGUGGCGGGAGAUCCCCCAAGGGAUGAAAUUCACAGAGCUUUGA